AUGAAAAUGUAUUCAAUUUCCAAACUUUUAUUUCCAAGUCGAACUCUUAAUAACUUUAGUAGAAAUAUUAAAUCAGCUCUAUAUAUAACUGGGGAAAAAGCACAGCGCAUGUUUGUUGCUGUUCAUCCCAAUAUUGACACAGAUAUAAUAUUUAAGGAGGAUGAAUUGCUUCAUAAUGUAAAAAAAAGGGGUAUCAAUAUUGAUCUUGAAAAACUUCAAAAACGUUUCUACUUUUUUAAAACUGUUGAAGAGAAGAAAAUAAUACUUGAACAUACUAGAGAUGAAUUGAAUGCUUUAUACAGUGAUGUGAAAAAUCCUGAAGAAAAUUUAGAUAAAAUCAAUCAGUUAAAGCUUCAUAAGCAUGUGGUCAAUGAAGAACUCAAGAGUUUGAAAGAAUUUCUCACUGAUUUACAGGAAAACGUCAUGAUAACAAUUUUAAAUUUACCUAAUAACUUACAUCAAUCAACACCAGAAAUAGAUGAAGUUUAUCAUCAGUACUUGGAGAGACCAAAGCAUCAGUCUCAACAUCAUAUGGACAUUGGUGUUGAAUUGAAUUUGUUGAAAUUAGUCGAUAGUUGGGGUUGUUUUUUGAUGUCUGAUGCUUCCCUUUUCGAAAUAGCGGUUUCUAACUAUUUUAUAGAAAAACUUGUUGAGUCGAAGUUCAUACCGUUCCAGAAUGCUGAUUUUACACGUAGUGUUGUUGUAGAAGGUUGUGGAACAAAAGUUGUCGGUAAUGAAGAGGUAUUAACAUUACAUGAAUCCAGUAAAAAGAAUGAAGUUUUAGAAGAAUUAAGCCGGCUUCAUCUAACUGGUUCAGCAUCUAUCUAUGCUUUUAUGGCAUAUUUCACUAAACACUUGGUCCCUAGUGGACAAUUUCCACUCAGAUAUUUUUGUUAUGGCCGAUCAUAUAAUGGAGAUGUGAGAACUAAUGACAACCUUUUCAAUCUCAAUCAAGAAUCUGUUUUGAAUGUUUUCAUUGCCACUUUUGACGAUGCUUGGCAGAACUUUCAAACUCUCACUCAGCAAAUUAUCAAGCUGUAUGAUGCAUUAGGUUGGCAUUAUCGUUUGGUUUAUUUGCAGCCUGAUAAGUUGAACAAAAGUGAAAGUUUGAGGUUGUCGAUUCAGAUGUAUUCCACUCAUUCUCAAAAAUACAUUGAAGUAGGUUAUGUAUCAUAUUUUGGAAGUUACAUAUGUGAAAGAUUAUUGUUUUGUUGUCUGAAUAAAAAAGAACAGGUAUAUCCAAAAAUUAUAAGCGGAAAUAUAUUGAACAUUCAUAAACUUCUUGGAUGUGUUUUAGAAAAUAAUCAACCAUCUGAUAAAAAGUUACUCAGUGAACUUCUAUGUAAAUAUUUGCCUUAAUCCUCUUCUGUUAUAAAUAUAGUUUUCGAUUGAAA